CGUGGGCGUCUCAACUGCGUCCUGCGGCUCCCAGAGUCUGGUGUUGCCUGCGGUUGAUGGUCCCUGGUGGCUCUGUCGCAACCUCUGUCACGCUGUGAUCUGCACUGGUCUUGGAGUCGUAGGAAGGACUCAGGGAGACGCAGGAAACCUAGAAAUGGACUCAGUGACCUUUGAGGAUGUGGCUGUGACCUUCACCCCGGAGGAGUGGGCUUUACUGGAUCCUUCACAGAAGAAACUCUAUAGAGAUGUGAUGCGGGAAACCAUCAGGAACCUGGCCUCAGUGGGAAAAGAAUGGAAAGGUCCUGACAUUGACGAUCAGUACAAAAACCAGGGGAGAAUACUAAGAACUCAAAUGGUAGAGAGACUCUGUGAAAGUAAAGAGGUUAGUCAACGUGGAGAACACUUCAGCCUUAUUACAGAUUUCAAUCUGAAGAAGAAAACUACUGGAAUAAAUCCAUGUGAGCACAGUUCAUGUGGAAAAGACUUGGUGUGUCAUUCAUCCCUUGAUGGACUCAUCACAUGUCACACUGGACACAAGCCCUAUGAGUAUCUGAAAUGUGGAGAGAAGCCAUAUAAAUGUAAUGUAUGUGAGAAAGCUUUUAGUUAUCUCCAGUGCUUUGAACAACAUGAAAGAACUCACAACGGAGAGAAAACCGAUACAUGUAAGGAAUGUGGGAAAAUCUUCAGUUGUUCAAGCUCACUUCAAUUACAUGAAAGAACUCACACUGGAGAGAAACUCUAUGAAUGUAAACAAUGUGGUAAAGCCUUCAGUAUUUCUAGUUCUCUUCGAAUGCGUGAAAUAGCUCACAGUGGAGAGAAACCCUAUGAAUGUGAGGAAUGUAGUAAAGCCUUCAGAUAUUAUCAGAGUUUUCAAACACAUGAAAGACAUCACACUGGAGAGAAACCCUAUGAAUGUGAAAAAUGUAGUAAAGCAUUUAGUUGUCUCAGUUAUCUUCGAAAACAUGAAAGAACCCACAUAACAGAGAAACCCUAUGAAUGUAAGCUAUGUAGUAAAACAUUCAGGUAUCCCAGUUAUCUUCAAAUACAUGAAAGAACUCACAGUGAAGAGAAACCCUACGAAUGUAAAAUAUGUAAUAAAACAUUUAGUUGUCUCAGUUAUCUUCGAAAACAUAAAAGAACUCAUACCGGAGAGAAACCCUAUGAAUGUAAGGAAUGUGGAAAAGCCUUCAGAUGUUACCAAAGUCUUCAAACACAUGAAAGAAGUCACACUGGAGAGAAACCCUACGAAUGUAAACUAUGUGGUAAAGCAUUCAGGUGUCUCAGUGAUCUUCGAAGACAUGAAAGAACUCACAUAACAGAGAAACCCUAUGAAUGUAAAAUAUGUCAUAAAGCAUUUAGAUGUCCCAGUUAUCUUCAGAUACAUGAAAGAAAUCACACAGGAGAGAAACCCUAUGAAUGUAAAAUUUGUAGUAAAGCAUUCAGAUAUCCCAGUUAUCUUCAAAUACAUGAAAAAACUCACAUAACAGAGAAACCCUAUGAAUGUAAAAUAUGUCAUAAAACAUUUAGAUGUCCCAGUUAUCUUCGAACACAUGAAAGAACUCACACUGGAGAGAAACCCUAUGUGUGUAAAAUAUGUAGUAAAGCAUUUAGAUAUCUCAGUUAUCUUCAAAUACACGAAAGAACUCACACUGGAGAGAAACCUUAUGAAUGUAAGGAAUGUGGAAAAGCCUUUAGUUAUCAUACAAACUUUCGAAGACACCUGACAAUGCACACUAAAGAGAAACCAUAUAAAAGUGCAGAAUGUGAACAAGACUUCAGUUAUCCCAGUUCCUUUCAAACACAUGAAAGUACAUACUGGAUAAAACCUCUUGAAUUUAUACAGCAUGGGAAAGACUUGUAUUGGCCCGUAUCUUUACACUGAAACUUCCAGAGGAGAACAGAAGUGUAACAUGAGAAAACUUGAUAGAAGUUAAUCCAUAUAUAACGUGCCAGAAAAGUUUCAACGUGAAACAGUUCUUAUUCAAGUUGUAAGUACAUUGUUUUUCCUAAACCUCUCUUUAAAAGUGCAUUAUUGGACCUUGGAUUGCUACUAAUUAUGUUCAGAAAUGAAUAAUCAGGUGUAAGAUAAUUCUAAGAGUUGUCUUUCAACAAUAGUAUGUAAGAUUAAUAUUGCUUUUUUCUUAAAAUGUUAAUAAUACGUCUCUAUUUUGAAACCUGUUAGAUUCGUGGGUGAUUGAAAUGUAUUUCUUAUAUGCAAUUAUGUUAAAAAAAAUUUUUUUAUAAUGCUUUGUUUGUUCUGUGUUAAGGGACCAUUAAAAAAGAACAGUUUAGUAGUUGGAUUUUCGUAGUAGCCUUGUGGCAAUUCAUGUCCUUAGAUUAUUAUAUAUAGUCUACCUUUCCCUCUGCUAAAGCUCCUUUUGGGGGAUGAUGGAUAUGAAAGCCUUUUUUCAUUUUACAUACUGAGAAAUAUUGGGAAUAAAUUUUAUGAAUGGCAAUUUUAUGAAAUAAUAUAGUUUCAUGUGAAUAUUAUUUUUAUAUUUGUGCCUUUGCUUUUUAUCCUUCCUUCUGACUAGUAGUUGGUGAAUUGACUUUGAUUUAAGAAGAGGGACCUGUAUUAGAGUAACAAAAUCUACAGUGGGAAAUAUUUCCCUUGUGGAUAAUGUUAGGAACUUGAUUUUCCAGAAACCAUCCCUUUUAUGAUUCCAUGUUAGAAUUCCUUAGUAACCUCACUUGCAUUAGAUUUGAAAGGCAAAAACAAGACAGUCAGAUUUUGGAGCCACCAUUUGGACAGACAGAUAUAUAGGACCUUCAAGGACACCACCUUCCAUUCCAUUUUUUGGAUGCUUUAACUUUCCAAUCAAGACUACCCUCACAACCUCUACCAACUGUCUAAUAUCCAUUUUCUGAGAGGUAUAACUUUCUGCUGAUGUCUUCCCAAGACUCACAUCAAAGGUGCAUUGGAGUCUGGAGUCUUGCGUCAGCCCUCUUGUGUCCACCAGGAAACUGAUUCAGACUUUCAUGCUAUGUCUGAUUCCUUCUUCUCUAGAUUAUAUCCGUAUAAGGUCUCACUUGUAUACAAAACAUCUUAUGCUGUUAAUAGUGCAAUGAGCAUGUUUUCCUGAUUGACCAUGACAUCUACAAUGGGGCCAUCAACAAGAAGAACAUGGGAAUCUUUUUCUCUAUUGCAUGUGCAAUGGCUGCCUUGACUCAGUCCUUCCAUGUGAAAAAAAAAAGCACCUUCCUCCUAUCAGGAAGACUGCGGGUGUUUCCUGUUGCUUGUAGCUGAAUGUAAUCCCUCAAUAUGCUUUCAGUUGUGUUUGAUUGUAUGUGAUUAAAGGUAUGUG